AUGAAUAGCACAAUGAGUUCGGAAGAUUUAGAUAACGAUAUACGAAUAUAAUAAGUCUAAUAAACUGCACCCGAUGCUGUGCAAUUUUACAUUACUGAGGAGCCUUUCAAUAAUGAUCCAUAUGAUAUUAUAUAAUAAAAGGUAGCUGCAUUUCAACCGAUUCAGUCGAAAGAUGACUCAAGAUGUGAUUAGGCAUCAAAGGAUGGUGGCAAGAAAUUCGAGGAUAAGAAACAAAUUAAGUGUAUGAGGUCUGUAGGGACAUAUGUGAUUUAGCAAAUUGGACGUAAAAUAUUAUCAGGAGACAUGAAUCUCACGAAGAUUAGUUUCCCCAUCAAGGCGAUGAUUGCGAAAUCGGCUUUGGAGAAAAAUUUGUAAUCUACGAUAUUCUUCCCUUUGUAUAUCAACAGAGCCGUUCAGACUUUGGAUUUUAUGGAGUAAUUGAAAUUGGUCAUAACUGCUACAAUAGCUACAUUCCACAUAAAUUUGAGUUUUCACAAACCCUUGAAUCCUAUCUUGGGGGAAACAGUUGAGGGUUUCCUAUCUGAUGGAACAAAGUUAUACGCAGAGUAAAUUAGUCAUCAUCCUCCUGUAAGCUAAUUUUAUGGGGUUGGCAGAGAUAAUUCAUAUAAAUAUUUUGGAAAUUAUUGGUACGAAGCCUCUGCAGGACUAAAUUCGAUAACUCUAAAAAACAAGGGGAAAAGAACUAUAAUAUUUAAUGGAGGCCAAAGAAUUGAUUAUAAUUUUGCAUAUGAACUUUAUAGUGGAACUAUCAUGGGUUCAAUGAAAGUUGAAACUCUUGGGGUUGCGACCUAUCAGACAAAUAAAGGAAUGACUGCAACUUUAAAAUUCGGAAAAGUCAAGAGAAAGGCUACUGAUUAUUUUGAAGGCACAAUUAAUAUGGGACAAUAAGAAUUGUGUAAAAUAUUUGGUACUUACAUGGGAUACAUAGAGUUUGAUGGAGUGCGUUAUUGGGAUCACAGACAUAUGUAACCACAUUAAGUAACAAUUAAACCUCCAUUUUUGCCAUCUGAUGCUCAAUUGAGAGGGGACUAUACUAAUUUAGCCUCUUUAGAUAUAGAUAGGGCACAAAUAGAAAAGGAGAAUCUGGAGAAUUUAUAAAGACAUGAUGCUAAAUUAAGAACAAAAUUUAAAGAGAUCAGAAGAAAAAAAGAAGAGAAAAAAAAAUUACAAGAUCAUGAUUGAUAAAUUACUAUU